AAUCUAUUGAAUUUAUUAAAAAAGGUCGUCCUAGUCCUUGAAAAUGUCGCUAUAUACGAAGUCGUGUCGAAAGAAGUCAAGAUUAGAUAAUUAGUGUAAGUUGUUUAUCAUGCCAUUUAUGUUUCAUAUAAUCAUUAACUCGUGUGAUUUUAAGAUUGGAAUAUGGUCACAGUUAAAAUUAUUGCAUUUCAAUGACUACUUUCGUAGUUAGUUAUGUCCAAGGUCAUGGCUACUCGCUUUCUUCACCUUCGACCAUUCAUCAGAAGUUUAAGCAAUUCUUACGGCUUGCCAAAGUUAAGUCCUCAAGAGGUGAGUUAUGUUUUGAGUGCUAACGAAAUAUAUUAUGACGUUGCACCAGGAUCUGUGAAGUGUUUUGAAGCAAAUCAGUUACCUUCUAAUAAUCCAAUUGAAGAUAGACUAGCAGCAGGACAUUGUAGACUUACAACUGGGAUGCUUUUUGGUGUUUUUGAUGGUCACGGAGGACAAGACUGUGCUGAAAAUAUCAGUAAAAGACUUCUCGAUUAUAUUGCCCUGUCUAUGUUACCCUCAAAAUUACUUAACGACUAUGUAGAAUCAUCCGGUAAUGUGGAAUUAAUAGAAAGAUUUCCUCUUGGUGAUGAAAAUAAUAAUUUUACAAAUGAUGUACAUAAAGCUAGUUUGCAAUUGUUUGCAAAAGAGUUAUUAAUGGAGAAAUUGUCGUCGUCGGAAUUUUUUAUGCAUCGGGCGAUGGUACGUGCAUUUUCAAAAUUGGAUGAAGAUAUGUCUAGGGAAAUAUUGGAAGCUGUUGAGAAACAUAAUUUGAAUGCAAUAUCAAGUUCUGUGAUGGGUGCUUGUGCAUGUGUUGUUCAUAUUGAUGGUACACAUUUACAUCUUGCAACAUGUGGAGAUUGUAAAGCUGUUCUUGGUAUGCUAAGUGAUGAUAACAAAUGGAUUUGUAAGCCAUUAACACAAGAGCAUAAUUUUGAUAAUGUUAAUGAAUUAAAAAGAGUAUUUUCAGAACAUCCAAAAACAGAAUUGAAUGUAGUAAUAAAAAAUGAACGCCUCUUGGGACAGUUGGCACCUCUCAGAGCAUUUGGUGAUUAUAAUUAUAAAUGGAAAGUUAAACUUCAACAAAAGUAUUUAGUUCCAGUAUUUGGUCCUGGAGUUAUUCCUCCUAAUUUCUAUACACCGCCCUAUCUAACAGCAGUACCAGAAGUAAUUCAUUACAGAUUAACACCUAGAGAUAAAUUUCUAGUAAUUGCUACCGAUGGAUUAUGGGAACAGAUGUUACCAUAUAAAGUGAUAAAAUUUGUUGGACAGCAUACAAGUGGGAAACAAACUUUAGAUUUAUUACGACUUCCUCGCAGAAACAUGGUAUUAAAAGAUAUUUACAAUAUAUUAUUACAGAGACAAGUUGGUCUUUCAAAAAAACCCAUUGAUUCAAAUGCAGCAACACAUCUAAUUCGUAAUGCUCUCGGCAGAACAGAAUAUGGUAUAGAACACAGUAAACUUUCGAGUAUGCUCACAUUACCUGAUGAUUUAGUUAGAAACUUUCGAGACGAUAUAUCAAUUUUAGUGAUAUAUUUUGAUUCGGACUUCUUAAGGCAUUCUCCACCCGAAUAAAUUAUACGAAUCUCGGAAUGUUUCCAUUAACUUGUAAGUUGUGAAUUCUUUAUAUCUAUAAUAAAGAUAUAUUUAUUUAUUGAAAACUUAGCUGAAAAACAGUAACAAUGAAAUAAAAUUGAUAUUGUUAUACAGUAUAUAUACAUACAAGUAUGUAAAUACAUGAAAUUAUUUUUGUGCCAGAUAAUUUGUUGGAAUCAUAUAUGACUUGUUCCUUAUUAUAUUUUAAGAAUUUAUU